UUGGCCGAUACUACCACGGAGUGACGGGUGGGAUCUAUCCCCAUGGCAACAGUUCGCGCCAAUGGGAGAGAAGCAGGGCAGGGCUAGAGGCCGGGUUGGAGGUGGACGGUGGCCGUACUAGGAGGGUCGUCGGCGCUCAGGUUAAAUGCUAAGCUUGAAAAACGUAUUCCAGUUCCAAACUUUUUGCUGUGCUUACAGUGCAGAGCUUUGCUUCUCCCAGUCAGACAGAAAAUGAAUGGAACAAAAUGCGAUGGGACAGGCAAGGGAGUCACGUGAAGGAACAGGAAAAGGCACAUCCCUGAUAAAAAGCAUCUUAUAAUGGGAAGUAUCAAGCAACCUGAACUCUAGGAGGAGCUGGUAAUGCCACCUAUAAUGUGACUGAAAAUGGCACAUUCUCAGUCAGUCGUAUGAUUACUAGUGAUGUAAAGUGCCUUAAGCUCAAUGUGUCUGUCUGCAGAUACCAGUGAAGGAAUCUCAAAGUGUAAUCUUCUGAGCUCCAGAUGGAAAUGAUGCUGGCUUAAUGGAUGAAAUAUGGAAGUGGGUACCAGCAAGCUGAGCAUUAGACAGGAGGGUAAACAUUACUAGAGAACUACUGUUGGAGUUGAGAACUCGAUUAUAAUUUGAGAACCCCGCACAAUACAACAGGCAUCAUCGCGCAAAGUGCCAAUGGGCAAUGGAGAGAGCAGCCAUUAUCUGUCAGUGGACGUGGCUGCAGGCUCAGAUCUCUGACUUGGAGUAUCGCAUAAGGCAGCAGACAGAUAUCUACAAGCAACUACGUGCCAACAAGGGUCCUGUUGUCCUUGGUGGUGAUCAGAAGCCUGAAGAUUUGAUGAAACAGCAGGGCCGAUUAGGUUCCACAUCAGUGGUGAAUUCCAGAAGGAAUAAGGGACUACCACAUUCCUCCUCUUCCAUCCAGAAGGUCCCUUCUGGAGAGAGACCCUGUGAUUUGUCCUCCUGCACCCCUUCCUACUUCAUGAACAAUGUGGAAAAACAGAGUUCUCGUCUUACGCAGUCUUUAGGAAACCCUAUGUGUCAAAGUCUCUCCUGUACCCCCGUCAGUGGGUCUCCAGGACCCUCAAAAGCCUGCACGUCAUCCCGCCAAGUCAACGGAAAAAUUAACUGUUUGCACACAAGCCGCUCCAACAACAUCUCUCUGGCCAGUUUGGAAGCUGAAGAGAUUCUCAAACAGAAACGACUGGAUAGCCUGGCUACUAUACCCUCCGUACCAGACAACAGUUGUGUUGCAGCUAGAAUCCGCCCCGUUUGUGGAUACAAGAAACGAAAGCUGGUCCGAGCUAACACUGUUUCUCUCCUUAGCAAGAAGCCGCAGAAACCUCUCACCAUGAAAUGUAGCUGUGAAUGGCCCAGCACUUGUAUCCUGUGUGGUUGUAAAACCUCUAUUCAGGCCAUAGACCCAGACACUAUGUCCUUAGAAGAGCGUAUAGCACUGCUGGAUUCUGGCUUCCAUCCCAUACUGUCAUUCUCUCAUGGCAAGCCUCUUCACUUGUACUUUGAAACCUUACUAAGAGAUGACAGGCAGCAUAGAUUGAGCCAUAAGCUCAAGGCUCUGAAGAUGUCCCAUUUUGGAAAGAAGCCACAAGACGUAACCAACGUUUUCCCAAAGCUAGGCCUGUCACCUCUCUCUGCAUCCAGUUCAUUGUUUAAAGGGGAGAGGCAGCUUAAAGGAACAGACAAUCACAGCUUGCUUGUUUCCGGUUCUCAGGCACAUAAACAUAGUCCUUUGAUGUCCCACCUACCAUCUUUGUAUCUAGAAACUCCUCCAGCCCCAUCUUCCAGCCAGUUCCCUUCCACUGGUAAUUCAACAAUGCUAUCCUCAAAGAAAAGAAAAGUGGAAUGUUCCUACGACAUCAAUAACAUUGUGAUCCCAAUGUCGAUGGCAGCAGCCACUCGAGUGGAGAAGCUGCAGUACAAAGAGAUUCUAACACCAAGCUGGAGAGUGGUAGAGCCCAAAGAUGUGGAGCCAUUGGAUCACAUGGACUCUGAGCUGGAAGACACUUCUGAUGAGACCUAUUUGAACCAUCACAUCAAGUAUGAGGAGCUUGAACGAGCCCAAUGGGAUUCGUGGGCAGCAGCUGUUUCCCACAAGCGAGGAAACAGGUCCUCCAACAAAACAGAUGGUCGAUGGACACCUCAGCCAGCAUCUCCAGAUCCUGGAUUUAAUUGCCUUAAUGACCUUCUCUGUAUGCACCCUUCUAUGGGAUCUCACAGCCCUGAGCCUUAUAACAUUCUGAAACCCCUCUCUAUAAAGAACAGGACUAGAGUGCCGCUGUCCUGCACUGAGGACACCAGACUCUCCCCAGAAAUAUUAAAUGCAGUAAUACAGAGUGUACAACCUUGGGAACCGCGUACAUUUCCCCUUUCAGACACAGCAUACCAAGCUCUUCUGGAACAGCCAAGUGAAGAUGGAUGCAAGCAGUCAGGAGACUUUCAACAGUGGGUCUCUAGCAACAAGCAGGGUAUCAGGACUAACAGUAUAGACUCUGGUAUAUCUAACUCCAGGGAGCCACGUGUUUCAGAUGUGUUCAUGGACCUGCAAACAGAGGGCAACAGAAGCUUGGAGGUGUUCACAGACCAGCAGUGCUUCCCAGGAAGGCUGUUCAACAACAGAUGAACACCUGAUUUAUGUGAUGUGUUAUGUUAGGCACAUACUUUAUUUCAGAAUCAAAAGCUUGGCUGAUGAGCUUGUUCAGAGGAGCACUGGCAGUGAAUGGUGCUGCCAUCCAUGAGACCUAGGUUCAGCAGCAGAUUUUGGGCUCCCACGUCCCCAGAUUGGGAAGGGUUGGGCACACUGCAGAAAUAAGGUGCUGGACCUCUGAGAGGACCGUGCUGUCCAGGAAAAAAAACUUCUGGUUUACUCUGGAGAAAAGGGAUCAAUUGCCCUGCUGGCAAGAAGGUUAGGUGCUGCGACAGUUGCAGCAGCCCAGGAUAAUGCAGAGAGAGAUGGUGGGUUUUAAAAAAGAAAAAAAAAAAAUCAAACAAUAGAGAGGAAACGAAUUGGCUGUUCUAACUUUAAUUGUUUGAUAUUCAAACAUCUGUAUCUUGAAAGGGUGCCCCGUGGCUGCACAUCCAGUCUUCAGUGGCUUUUUGUCUAGUGUAUCAUGGUGGAGCAGGAAUAGGAACAGCUUUCCAAAAGAUCAACUGAUAAACAUCUGAAAAGGUAUGGGGAAGUCUAACAGUGCUGCAUGGCUUUUAUUUUUAAAUGCAGCUAUGAAAGCAAAUCCAUUCUUGAGAGUAUGUGAAAAGCAGGUUCCCUUGGCCUUGCACAAAUGAUGUAUCAAUUGUUUUCAAAUAAACUACAAAUCAUUUUCAUGCUGUGGAUGUUUUCAUUUAUUUAGUGUAUAUUCUCCCUGUAAUGAAACUGACAGGAUGGAUGGAGAUCAAUCUCUAACUUGUUCACAGCUUUUUCUCAAUUUUUCUCUAUCAUGGAUCUUAGCUGGCAAGCCCCUGUAAAGCAAAACUACGGGGGAAAGAAAAUACCAUAGAUUCAUUGUACAAUGGGGGCACAGCUCCCAACUAUCAGAGGGUAGGAAGGGUGUUGAGCCAUUUUUGGGGAGCCCUUCUGAAAAACGGUGGAUCAGAAAGCUGCCCUUCCAGAACAUGUUGUACAUUUUAAUACCAACAUUUGGAAAGAGGGCUUGGAAAUGUUUUACGGUAACACAGUGGUAACAUGUUCAACUUUGACAUGCAUCCUCCUUUUUACUUUCCCACUUUGAAUCUCUGCCCUUUGCAGAUGGUAUGUUUACAUCCCAGGACUAAUGGAACUAAACAUUUAGCCCACUUUUUUUAAUGAACCAGUUUGACAAAUAGUUUACUCGUUGUGCUGCCAUUUUAAAUUGUCUAUAAGGACAGUAUUUCUACAUUAUUCCUGGAUAGCUGGACAUCAUUGCUCUUCUGAGUUUCCAGUGGUGUUCUUGCAGGUAUUCUCUCCUCUCCUGAGCUGGGACAUUCAGGGGAAAUAUAUAGGAAAGCAAUGAAUAAAGCAGGGACUGUAUGUAUGUACAAUGGGAUCCUCAUCCUGAUUAGGGCCUCUGAAUGGUUCUGUAAUAAAAGUAUUAAAUAAAAUAGCAGUCAAAUAGAAGGGCUACCAUACUGAAAUUUUGGAGGGUAAACUUGGAUGAGUAAACAGUAACCUGUUUAAAAGGCAGUGCCACCACCUACCAGCUGCACCAAGUAUAACUGGCCUUGCAUUUAACAAUGCAGUUAUAGCCUAUCCCACAUCUAGUGUGCAGGUCACUGAGAUCUGAUGGAGUCUCCAUAGCUGCUGUAAUGGGUAAAGAGUGGCAGUAACUCACUUCGUUCCAGAAAAGCAGCAGAAUGAAAUAAAGGCAAUGAGAAGAGGGAUGGCUAAGGAAGCCUCUGGGGAAACAUUGUCACAUUUAAACCCAAUUCCCCUUUCACACAUUUUGUCCCCUUCUUUUGAGUGAUUUGAAAAUGUGAAAUUCCAAGAAACCUACAAUCCAUCCUGUCAGAUUCACGUUUUUUAAUAAGUUGAUUAUAAGCAACAAGCACAGAAACAUUAAGAGUUCUCCCACAGACUGUCAUCUUUUGUGUAAUUGCUUUAUAUGUACUUUUCUCCCUGUCUUUGGCAUUUUUAUUUUUGUGUUAUUUUGAGUGGAUGGAUGUUUUGUGGAUGAAGAAACAUAUUAACAAACUAACUCUGGGACUGUUUAAAGGGGCAAAAUCUGUUUGGAAACAUGCUUCACAAUAAUGACUUCAAAGCAAAUUUGACUAAAUGCUAUGGUUAUGAAGGCAAAAUAAAACUUGAGGUUUCUAGCAA